AUGGUUAGUGAAUACGUCGAAGACAUAAAGAACCCUGAAAAGACUAUCGUAGUCGAGUCUAUAACCAAGAAGACAACCGAUGUUUCUUCCUUGAAUUCAGUUGACGACUAUGUCGCUAGGUUCUUGGACAUGUCUAACGAAGCUAGGGACAAUGAUAACAAGGAGAAGAGUAUGCCUCUUAGAGAAUGCUUGAAAACUUUCCCCAAGGCUGUAAUGUGGUCGAUUAUUCUUUCCACUGCUUUGGUUAUGGAAGGUUAUGAUACUAACCUUUUGAAUUCUUUGUUUGGUUUCUAUGCCUUCAACAAAAAAUUUGGUCACUUUGAUGAAGGUCUUGGUGAUUAUAUUAUUGAAGCUAGAUGGCAAACUGCUUUGAAUAUAGGUUACAGCUGUGGUUCAGUUAUUGGUCUUGCUAUUGCUGGUUUUUUUGCUGAUAUUUAUGGUUACAGAAGAACCUUGAUGACUGCUUUGGCUACCUCUGUUGCUUUGAUUUUCCUUCAAUUCUUUGCUCCAAACAAGGAGGUCUUAUUGCUUGCUUACAUUCUUUUGGGUAUUAACUGGGGAUCUUAUCAGACUUUGACUGUGACAUAUGCUUCUGAAGUUGCUCCGACGACUCUUCGUUUGUAUCUUACUAGUUACGUCAAUGUUUGUUGGGUGUUCGGUCAAUUGAUUUCUUCAGGCGUUCUUAAAGGUGUAACUAGUAUGGCUGGAAACUCCAAUUCUUACAGAAUUCCUUUUGCUGUUCAAUGGGUUUGGCCCGUACCUUUGUUUAUUGGUGUUUAUUUAGCUCCAGAAUCACCUUGGUUCUUGGUUAAGCGUGGUAGAAACGAUGAAGCCAAAAUAUCCUUGAAGAGAUUAUUAUCUGAAAACUCGAAGAUGCCAGACAAGGAAGUUUUGGCUCAAGCUAUGCUAACCAAGAUUCAGAUGACUAUCCAGGAAGAAGGCACUGCUGAUGCUGGUACAUUCAAGGACUGUUUCAGAAGUACCAACUUCAGAAGAACAAGAAUUGCUUCCCUAACCUGGUUGUUCCAAAGUAUUACAGGUGCCGCUUUGAUGGGUUACUCGACUCUUUUCUAUCAACAAGCUGGCUUGCCUGUUAGCAUGUCUUUCAAUUUCUCCAUUAUUCAGUACUGCUUUGGUAUUAUUGGUACUGUUGGAUCUUGGUUCCUCUCUCAAAAGGUCGGUAGAAGACCUAUCUACUUCUUCGGCCUUUGCACUAUGUGCCUUAUUUUGUUUUUGGUUGGUGGUUUGGGUGUUUCUGACACCAAUGGUGCAAAGUGGGGCGUUGGUACGCUCUUGUUAAUCUUUACUUUUGUUUACGAUUUGACUGUUGGUCCAUUGUGUUACUGUAUUGUCGCUGAAAUUCCAUCGUCCAAGUUACGUACCAAAACUGUCAUGCUUUCCAGGAACAUGUACAAUGUUGCUAACAUAAUUGUCGGUGUUAUUACUCCGUACAUGUUAAACCCAACUGCUUGGAAUUGGAAAGCUAAAACUGGUUUCUUCUGGGCUGGAUUUUCCCUCGUUGGAUCCAUCUGGGUUUACUUCGAAUUACCAGAAACCAGAAACAGAACCUACGCCGAAUUGGAAGUCUUGUUCCAAGAUGGUGUUUCAGCUAGAAAGUUCAAAUCUACUGAAGUUGAAGUCUUUGAUGCUGGUAAGUUGAUGGAAAGAUAUGGUGAAACAGGAAUCAAACAUUUUGUUGACCAUGUAGACAAUGCUGAAGAGGAAGAUAUCAUUGAAAAGGUCCAGGUCUCUACUUAG